CAAUUUGCAUUAAAUAUAAAUAUAACACUUAAGAUAAGAAAAGAGUUGCUGAUAUGCAAAUUGUUCAUUUCCAUUGAGGUUCAAGUCACAGAUGUAAAGUUUCUGAUGCGUUGAUGUACAUUAAGGUGUCACCUGUGUGUGUUUACUGUUGGCAGGUACAUCCAGUGUCUCACCUGCUGGCAGAGUCUCUGUAACCUGAGGACAAUAACCCACCAGGUUCCAGGACCAUUACCGCUCGAAACAGGAUCCAUCUCUAGGAACAACACACCACACAGCUUGGUUUACUUACCUCGAGCCAAUGAGACGGAUUCGAACCAUCACUGCUAUGGCUCUCCUCGUUACUUUAUUUCUGAUUUUUUUUUACUCGACCCUUCAUCUAGAGACGACCUACAGCCACAAGGCGGGACCAGAGGACGUCCUGAGGCGUCCGAGGCUCCCGGUCCACAGUGACGGUGAUGUGAAAACCCAAAGCUCGAAGCAGGAGAGCGACGCCGCGCCUCAUCCUGUCGUCCACAACGUGUCUGUUUCUGACAGCUUCAGACAGAUAAUCUCUCAGAACAGAGCCUACUGGAACCGCCUGCUGUACUCGGCCCUCAGGAACCUGAACAAGAGAGGAAAUACUGUCAGUAACUCCAACUGGUCUCGUUGCCGGGAGACGAAUCAAGAGCUUCUACAAACCAACGUGCACGACUUCACAUCCUACCCUGUCUUGUUCCAGGACUUCUUGCAAGUCAUGAACUGCAGGUCCCCUCCGGUCCUGAUCAAUCAGCCCGACAAGUGCGUCUCCACCAAAGGGGACAACCACACCGUCCUGCUCUUCGCCAUCAAGUCGACUCCUGGAAACUUUGAGCGGAGACAGGCGGUGCGGGAGACCUGGGGGCAAGAGGGGGUGUAUCAGGGUGGACUGAGAGUACACACACUGUUUCUCCUGGGUAGCUCCCAGCUGGACGACCCCAACCUCAACCCACUGUUGGCGUUUGAAGCGAGGCGCUUUGGGGACCUCCUGCAGUGGGACUUCCACGAAUCCCUCUUGAACCUUACGCUCAAAAUGAACAUGUUCCUCCAGUGGACGCUGAGACGCUGCCCACACGUCUCCUUCGUCUUUAGUGGGGAUGAUGAUGUGUUUGUAAAUACACCGGCGUUGCUCAGCUACCUGCAGUCUCUGGAGCCCUCGAAGGCCUCUAAGUUGUAUGUCGGACACGUCAUAAGCACAGCGAAUCCUCUCAGGGACCCGAAAAGCAAGUACUACAUUCCUCUGAGCUUCUACGACGGCCCGUACCCUGCUUACGCUGGUGGAGGCGGUUUCCUUAUCUCGGGAGCGUUGCUGCAACCCCUGUAUUCAGUUUCACACGUCAUACCCUUCUUCCCCAUCGACGACGUCUACACCGGGAUGUGCACCAAUGCUAUGGGAGUUUCUCCCGAGGCGCACGCCGGUUUUCAGACCUUUGAUGUCAAGGAGCAGGACCGUGAGAAUCUGUGCGUACAUAAAGAUCUUAUUCUCAUCCAUCAGCGAUCUCCACAGCAGGUGAAGAAGCUGUGGAGAGGCAUUCACAGCCCGUUGUUGAGUUGCUGAACAGGACUGGUGGCCAAAAGAUGCAGCAAUGAAAGAGUCACCACUGACUGCAGCGACAUAGUGAAGCGACAUAGUGAAGCCACAGUUUAUCUGCGUUCCUCUUUGUCCUUUUCAUUGUUUUUGUUUCUGUUUGCAGCAGGAAGAAUUGUAAAUUAGGGGGUUUUUUUAAUACGGUUGACCUUUAACAGACGGAAACCUUCCACUGAGGCAAGUUUUGAAGUUAUGAAAGACUGGUUGUAAUGACAAAUAUAUUUUCAUCCCUGGAUAAACAGGGGACUCUUUCCGUCAAACUGAACACAGUUUAGUUCCGUGUCUCCAUCCCCAAACUCCCAUUUUCCUAUUUAAUUUAAAUAAAUAAUCCAAAAAGACAACUGAAAGUUCAAUAGUUUAUUUUCUACACAACACCAAACAUGUAACAUGAGCUAGAUGGGUGUACAGUUCUGGGAUUCAGAAAUAGUGUGUAACAGCAUACAAACCCAUUUAAAAUGUGGGUGUGUACACUAAAAACUACAUUAAAAUAACAAAGUUCUUUAACACAAGUUAAUUCAGUCACCUCAAUGAUACACAAGGAAACCUGUUAAAUACCACAAUCACUGUAGAGGACAGUCACAAGCAAGGGAGCAAACACAACAGAGGUUAACUUCCACCGUUUAUUGCUUGAUUUGUGUUUGAUUUCUUUAUGCAUAAUGCUUUCCAACUGCAGCAGAUGUUUUAUUUUUUUGCUCCACUUAAAAAACAACAUCUUGGAAUUGCUGUGAAACAAGAGAAGGUACAGAGAAGCUUUACUACUGACAGCAUGUAAAUCUAUUAACGUAAGGCACCAAACCCAGAAGUACAGUGUUUUUCAAAAGCACAAUUGUUCUCCUUCUCCCUCUGUUGUGCAGAAAGAAAAU